GGUCUCAACCUAGUUAUGGUAAUAGUUAUUAACACAAAUUUAACUUAUGUAACAAAUAGAUUUUCAUGUAUUGUUAUAAAAUAUCACGUUGAAGAUUUUCAGUACCAUAUUUAUUUGUUCACGUUGAAGAUUUUCAGUACUAAGACUAAAAAUUAAUCUAUACUAAGACAAAUCUAAAAAAUAAAAUUAAUAUAGAUUAUAUAAUUUUAUAAUGUUGCAAUGAUUAGAAUUUUAUAAAACUGUUCAUCAACACUAAUACAUGUUCAUAAGUGUCAUAGUUCUAAACUUAUAACUGCAUUUUUCAUUUUUUCACAAAUGCUAUUCAUUCAGUUUUCCAAUGCCAUAUUAUUAUACACCAAACCACUUGAACUCUCUUUAAUGAUUCUUAAUUAUUUAUUUUUGUUGCAAAUCUCUUUAAUGAUAAUUAGUUGAUAUUUUUUUGCCAUGUCUUUAAUUAAUGAGACUAAUCGAUUAAUGUUAAAGAAAAGUCUUGCAGCAAAGUUAACAGAGAUUUUCAUUAAUUACAAAUAGAAUAUGUUAUGAUUAUCAAGAAGAUGACUUGUUCUUCUUAUCCACAGAGUUUGUUGAAUAUGCUACGCCUUAUGUUCUGUAGUCUGUACAACGAAAAAAAAAACAUUUUGUUUGUUUGGUGAGAAAUUAACAAGAACUUGCACGUUACGUUACAACUAAAAGGAACCAGAAUAUGUAACAUGUGUCUUAAGGCCAUGUCGAGAAUCGACCUCAAGAGGGUUCUCUGAAUAUGCAGUUUUUAGUUGUUUAGUUUAUAUAUGGUUAAUUCUCUCAAAUAGCAUUUUUAAGUUUUUGUCAUAAAAAUAGCUAUCAAAAAGAAAAGUGAUCUUUUAAAAUUUUUAAUAUUUAUUUUUUAUUUUUUUUUAAAUUUGAAAUCAUAUCCCAAACCACACUCUUUAACUUUAAACCUUAAAUCUAGAUUAGUUAAUCCUAGGGUAAAAACAAAUUUUUACUCUUUAAUAAAAUUUAUUUUGGUCACUUUUUUUAUCGAACACUAUUUUUGUGAUAAAAACUUAAAAAAUGCUAUCGUAGAUGGUGAAUGAAUGUGAAAAAUUAAUAGUGAAGGUUCAUGUGAAAGAGAGUAACCACAACAAGGAAAUGGACCUUCAUGUAGACAAUUACUGACGGAGGCAAAACACGCGUUCCCUCACUUUCCCUCUCUCUCUAUCUUUCUCGGGAUUAGAGAAACCAAAGUUUCUUCCUUUUUGUAUCUGACUCGACGCUUUGACUCAGCCACUCAGGUGAAGAAAACUAGCAACGGGUUGGUAGAGGACGAGUCUUUGAAUCGUUUGGUGCUUGCUUCCAUGGACAUUCACGAGCAUGGAGUUCUGGUGGGGAAGGAGAAGAGGCGGCGGAUUCAAUGCAAACACUGCGGAAAACAAAUGUCUGGCUGGUAUCGUCUGAGACAUCACUUGAGUGGUGUAGGUGGAGACGCAACUCCCUGUGUACAAGUCACAUCUUCUGUUAGAGAGAUGUUUCGUACUACUACUACUGGUCCUAAGCGUGGGAGAACCGGAGAUAGCGAACAUGUUUGGUGCUCAUAUCCAAACUGUUUGGACUUUUCAUCCAAUGGAUUCAGAGAAAUCAUGAUGACUGUGAGUGGCCGUACCAUCCCUGAUCCUCACGGUUCGAUGUUUGGAGAAGUGUUGAAGGAAGUGGAAGAUCAUGUGGAGAAGGUUAAAGAUUCUUGGGGGGUUACGGGUUGUAGUAUCUUGCUUGAUGCUUGGGUUGAUCAUAAAGGCCAUGAUCUGGUUACUUUCGUCGCGGAUUCUCCAGCUGGUUCAGUUUAUCUGAAGUCCUUUGAUGUUUCUGAUAUAAAACAUGACAGCGAGGCUUUGAUAUCGAUAGUAGAUGGUCUUGUUGAUGAGGUUGGAGUGAGUAAUGUGGUUCAGAUCGUUGCGUGUUCAGCUUCUGGUUGGGUUGGUGAGUUAGGUGAGGCUUAUGUGGGCACCAAGAAGGGAGUCUUCUGGUCUGUGAGUGUGUCUCACUGCUUCGAGCUUAUGCUGAUGAAGAUUGGGGAAAUAGAUUCACUUGGAGAGAUAGUUGAAGCAGUCAAUAUGAUCACAGAUUACGUCAACAGCAACCCUUUGGCUUUGAAGCUUGUCAGAGAUCAAGAUCACAGCCAUGGACUACUAGACAUGGCUGUACUCUCCUCCGAGUUUGAGUUUUUCAUGCCGUACUUAACCGUAGAGAGUAUUUUCAGAGCCAGGGACGAGUUGGCAGCGAUGUUUGCUUCUUCAUCUGAUUGGAACAAAGAAGAAGAAGACAUAGCGAUAUCCAACUUGGUGAAUGAUUCGAGAUUAUGGGAAACUGUUGAGAGAGUUCUGAAAUGCUCGUCUCCUUUGAUCCACGGUUUAAUCUGGCUCUCUAGUGCUAACAACAAUCAGCAUGUUGGACAUGUCUAUGACAAUAUGGAUGUCAUUAAGGAGAGUAUAGCGAGGGAGUUUGAUAACGAUGAACUGUGUUACAUGCCGUUAUGGGAUGUGAUUGAUGAUGUCUGGAACAAGCUUCACAGUCCUCUUCAUGCUGCUGGAUACUUCCUGAACCCGGCUGCUUUCUACUCGACUGGUUUCCAUCUUGAUACAGAAGUAGCCAUCGGUCUUAUCUCUUCUCUUGUUCAUAUUGUAAAAGAACUUGACGUUCAAGUUAAAGUUGCCACUCAGCUUGAUGUAUACAAAGUUCGUGAAGGCUGCUUUAACGAGACUAGUCAAGCUGAUCAGGUUUCUGGACUGUCUCCAGCUGAGUGGUGGGCUGAGAAGGCGAGCCAGCACCCGGAACUGCAGAGUUUCGCUAUUAAGGUUCUGAGCCAGACAUGUGAAGGCGCUUCCAGGUACAUGCUGAAGAGAAGAGUAGCAGAGAAGCUGCUGCUCACGAGGGGAAUGAGCCGUUGUGAGAAACAGCAUCUGGAAGAGUUGGCGUUUGUUCAUUACAAUCUUCAUCUACUGAUCUACAGAGCUGCAGAGCCAAACUAAGUGAAGAGCAGUGAAGAGAUUGUGCUGCAAGGUAUGUUCAUUUAUGGGACUGGCCUGUUCAGAUUAGCCAAUGCGCAGAUAUUAGUUUAGUAGUUUGUACUUUCCUUGAAGUUUAUAUUUUAAAUCAACGCUGGUGAGAAUAUUGGAUAGAUAUCAUGGGAUAGAGUAGUUAUUGGCUUAUCCAAAAUUUGUGUUAUAUGUUAAUAAAUGAAUAAAGUCCCACAUCAUUAGUUUGAGAAAUAAUUAACUAACAUAUAAAAAUAGAGCUAAUCUAAUUAUAGAUAAUUGGUUUUAAGUUAAAAAUCCAUGAUAAUCCUAAAUUUAACAUAUUUUUUUUUUGAUUUCCUAUAUCGAAGAAAUGGUUAGGUUCUUUCUUGUAUCCUUUAAAAAGUAUCACACAUAACACGGUAGUAGUUGAACCCAAUAGAAUAAGAGACGCGACCACAGUCUACUAUCAUAUUCUUAUUCGAACGAUGGCUUGACCAACUCGUCCCUUAUUAUAUUCACUAAUUAAAAUCAAAGAAACGGUAUAAAUGAACGAGACACCAAAGAUUUUAUGAACAAGCUGCAAGGUUGCAAUCAUAUUCCUCCUUUGCGUUAUCUCUCCUCAGUCUCCACUCAAAUCUUCAAAAAUGAAGGUUCGUUUCUUUUUUUUACAAUUCUCUGAACAAAUUUAAGAAAUUUACAUUUCAAUGGUUUUAAAAUUAUAUAUAUUACGUGAUACGGGUUAUAUGCUUAUACCAUCGGCUUCUAAAUUAAAUUGCAGAAGAUAGUUGUAUUCCAGUUCACUGUUUUUGAUGAAAGCAUCAAAGAGAGAGCUAAGGAAAUUGCCAGCGAGUUUCCAGGUACACAAACACUAAUUCAUGUUUAUGUUAAAUUAAUUAUGAAUUUAUGAUGGUUGAUAUUCAAUUUACAUAUAAUCUGCUCGGGCUUUAACAAAAAAAAUAAGAGUUUGAUCUGUGCAUCUAAGCGGAUAUUUUUGUUUUAUAUAUUAAUAUUCGUUUUACGUGUUUAGUGUUUACUAUUUUUAAUAUUUACUAUAUAUUUAAACAUUUAUAUGACUUUUCAAACAUAAAAUUUAAUAGUUUACAUGUUGUAGUUGAAUUUAUUGUUUCAAACCGUCAAUUGUUUUCGUAGAUAUUUAUUUUAUUGGAUUUUUAUUUGUUAUAGUGUUAAUAUAUAUAUAUAUAUAUAUAUAUAUAUGUAUAUAUAUAUAAAUCAAGUUAUACAUAAGCUAAAUAAGUGGAACUAUCAUAUAUUUUAGGAAUAUUAUGUAAAACUAAUGAAGAUUAUGAUAUUUCAAAAUCGGAAAAGUGUGAUUAUUCUGUUGAGGUAUUUGAGUACAAUUUUGAUUUAGUAAAAUUUAGAUAUUUCGUAUAAUAAAUGGUUAGUCAUAAAAAUUUUGGAUUUUGAUCAAAAAAAUUAUUUAUCUUAUAAAAAAAUAAACAAUGAUUAUUUUAACCUCAUAUAUAGAGUAGACAUCAAACAAAACCAAAAACACAAAUCAAUUUAAUUGAACUCGUUAUUCAAAACUGGACUAAGGCUCAUAAAUAAAUAAAUAAAUAAAUCAUAUGAAAUUAACUUUUAGUCGGGCUAAAUCAGCCUAAUUCAUGACAUGGCUCGAUUUGUGUAACCAAUAAUUAAUUGUUUUCAAUCCAUAUAGUUUAGUAUUAUAUAGGUAACAGAUAUGUAAUAUUCGGUAACUUAUCUGACGAAGAAUUAUGAUAAUAUGAAAAAUGGAGAAAACUAAUUAAUGUUAGGAAUAGAAAAAGGAAUGAAAGAAAUGCUGACAAGA